AUGGGGAACAAAGUGAUAGCAGACCAAUUAAAUACAUACUUCCAUUCCACCUUCACAAAGGAGGGCAUAAAUAAUGUCAAAAAGUACUGGGGAAUACGGGGUCCAAUUGAGGAGGAGGAACUGAAGGAACUCAGUGUUGGGUCUGAUUCAUUUGACUCAAGAAAUAAACCCCUGCUGGGUGGGGGUGGAUGGCUCAGUUUUUAUUUUGGUGUUGGGUUUGAGGCGAGAGGGAGGGAAUCUCUCCUCGCUGUCUGGGGCGUGGUUCCCAUAGCAACGGGACGCCCACUGCUGGCGAACUCUCGCAGGAGGAUUCGCGAGAGCGGCGGCGGUGUCAAUGGCAACGGCACGCGAGUAAACGGCAUCAACGCAGUAAUGUCGGAGGAGCAGGAAGACGGCACUUUCUACCUGCAGCAGGUUACUAUAACAGAAGAAAGUGAAGGGGAUUACCAGUAUGAAGAGAUUCCUGUUGAUGAUGACGUCAGUAUUCCAGAAGGAGAUGAAAGUUUGGAGAAUAUCGUGAAAACAAUAGAACAACAGAAUGAAGAUUUAAAGGCUACAGCUGAGGAGAACGAUUUGGUUCCAGUGCAGCCUGUGUGCCAAGGAGGAGAAGUGGUUGAUGAUUUUCUAAGAAAUUUUCUUAUCAAGAUGGGAAUGAUGAAAACUCUUGACUGUUUUCAAAUUGAAUGGUACGAAAUGCUGCAAAAAGGUCUACUGAAAUUGCAGGAUGUGGGAUUUGUUCCUGAUGUAUAUGCCCAAAAUCAGCUGCUGGAAAAUGAGGUGAAAAACUUGAAGAAAGAUCUUGAGAACUGCAAGAUAGCAACCAAAACAGCUGGUGAAACAUUAAUAAAACUUAGGAAAGAACGCGAUUUCCAUAGGAUGCAUCAUAAGCGUGUGGCACAAGAAAAGAACAGGCUCAUUAAUGAUAUUAAAAGGCUUAAGAAGCACUAUGAAUCCUUUGAACCUACCCUGAGCAGGAUCAAAGAGAAAUACAAUACUGCAAUAAAGCAAAAAAUGUUGACAAGUUUGGAGAAAGACAGAGCUCUUGUGCAGGAUUCUGAAUUUCCAGUCGACACACGAGUGAACCCGUAUCUUGCUCAGAUGAAAGGCUGUCCCAGUAAUUUACUUAGAUCAGGUGGAUGCAAACUAACAAAGACACUGAAAGUACAUGAGCUGGCAGUGAGCUGCCUAGCUCUUCACCCACGGAAACAAAUCCUAGUGACUGGAAGUGAUGAACGCCUCUGGAAGAUGUGGUCCAUUCCCAAUAUUGACAUUAUCAUGACGGGUGAAGGUCAUGGUGAUUGGCUUUCUGGCUGCUGCUUCCAUCCCAGUGGUAACAUGCUAGCUACCACCAGUGGAGACAAAACAGUGAAGAUUUGGGAUUUUACAAAAGUUGAAUGUGCAUCCACAUUUACUGGCCAUCUUCAUGCUGUCUGGGGCUGUUCGUGGCACAGCUGUGGUGACUUUGUAGCAUCUUGUUCCAUGGAUAACACUAUUAAGAUCUGGGAUAUUAACAGUAAGAGGUGUAGACAGACACUCCGAGGUCAUGUUGAUUCCGUGAAUAGCGUUGAGUUUCUCCCCUUCUCCAAUACACUGCUCACCAGUGCAGCUGACAAGACCAUUUCUCUGUGGGAUGCUAGAACGGGACUGUGCGCUCAAACUUUCUUUGGUCAUCUGCAUUCCUGCAAUGAUGCCACCUUUAACUUGAAGGGUGAUACAGUUGUUUCCUGUGACUCAUAUGGCAUACUAAAGCUUUGGGAUGUGCGGAAAGUGGCAAUAAUGUUAUCAGUUGAUGCAGGCCCUCAUCCUGGAAAUCAAGUGAUUUUCCACCCUUCAGGUCAACUGGUGGUCAUGGCCAGCAAUGAUGGGACUGUGAAGAUAUUGGAUCUGCCCUCAGGUCAGUUGUACAGUCUAUCAGGACAUGAAGACGCUGUGCAGUGUGUGCUAUUUGACCACAAAGGUGAAUAUGUGGUAUCAGGAGGCUCUGAUGGUACCAUCCGCCUCUGGACAUGAAACAAUAGUUAUAAUAUCCAAAUCCUUUUGAUUAGUUUAAGAUGUGCCUUUGGCUCUUAUGUAUGAAUCAACUAUUUUGUGGAAAAAUUAGAUAAUGUAGUGGAGAGCCCUUCUAAACUGUGUAAUACAGAGUGUAAUAAUCAACU